AUGGAUGAUAAGAGUAUCUUCGACCAAUAUGUCGAUGCAAUGAAGUCUUAUCAAUCUGGUUCUUUAAGCUUUAGCGAUCUCAAAAACAGAAUCGUUUACAUUCUCGGUAAUCACGAGGGUUUGGUCGAAGAGUAUCAUCAGCUUUUAUCGGAUUUAGCUUCUCUUGGUGGAAGAAACUCAAUCAAAGAGAAGACUGAAAGUGCGAAAUCAGACUUGGAACGAACGGCUCGUGAGUUCUUAAACAAAGUAGAAGCUCUGGACAAGGGUUUCUGCAAAGUGUUUCUCGAUGCGUUUAGGUCUCUAGGUGGUAUCGAGGUUCUUAUUGAACAACUCGAUGUGAUUUUACGCGAUAAUCCAUCGCUAAAAGAGGAAUUUAUAUCGCUCCUAAUCGAUUCCCGUUUACUCAGCCCGAAACGUGAUACGGAGGAGGCAGCCAAACCUAGUCCAGAAGACAAGCGGGCGAAACAAAAGAUUAGCGUAAAGUUGAAGAAAGUGACACCAUCGUAUUAUAUUAGACCUGGAGAAGAAAAGGGAUCUUCUUCUGAUGAGAGACGAAGAGACUACCUUUGCACUAUGUAA